AUGAUCCAUCGUUUGGCGUUCAACACACAGCCAUCGGCACCAACUUCUCUGAUCGCCCUGUCUCAGUGCGGAACUGGUUCUGAUGGACUCCAGACCAUUGGCUGUUUGGCCUCUGGGUUUUUUCCAGCCGAAUCGCUAAAUUUCAAAUGGACUGAUGGAAAUGGAAAUGCCCUGACUGACUUCGUCCAGUACCCAGCCACGAGUCAAUCAUCAUCGGCUUUGAAAAUUAGUCACAUAACUGUUAGUCAAGAACAAUGGAAACAACGAAAGAAAAUAAUGUGUAAGGCGGAGAAUCCAAAGGGUCAUUUGAGUAAAGAAUUUAAAAAGCCAGUGGACCAGCAGGCACCAGUAUUGAGUCUGGUUCCAGUAAUAACUAAAAAAAGUUCAUAUGUCAUGUGUGUGGUUGAGGACUUCUUCCCCAAAGACCUCACUGUUCAGUGGAAAGUAAAUGAUAAAACUGAGACAAGUGAGACUUUCCAGCAGAACAUACCAGACAAGAACAAUGGUCUUUACACAACAAGGAGUUAUAUUAAGCUCAGAAGUGAUACAAAUACUGUCUACACCUGUCAGGUCACACACCAGGGAAAAACAAUUCGGGAGAAGAAAAACUUUAAUGCUAAGUUCACACUGACUCUGAAGCCACCAGUGCAGAGAGAAAUAUUCGUCAACAAUAAAAUUAUAUUGGAGGCUGUUGUUUCUGGAAGUGUAAUCAAAGCAGUAGAAGAUGCUUCAGUGUCGUGCCUAGUGGAUAAUCAACAAAUCAGUGGGAUACCAGGAAAAACAAAAUUUUUAAAGGAAAUUUCUCAGCAUAAUAGAAUCUACAGUGUCACAGUUGAUCACAAGAAAUGGUUUGAGGGUAAAAAGGUCAUCUGUUCCACCCGUGACACGAAUGGAAAAGAAAUCAGGGAGGAGAUCCAAUUUAACAAAGGAGAUGGAAAGAAGCCCAAUGUUGUUAUUUACAGACCUGACAAUGAUAAACCUGGUCACGUCUCUCUGGUGUGUGAGGUUGCCAGUGCUCAACUUGGUGAUGUUUAUAUCAUGUGGAUAGUGGGGGCUGAAAAGAAAUACAUAGAGGCCCCUACCAGUGGUCCAAUCCGUCAAGAGACCUUCACAUCUGUCCUCAGCUUUUUAACAGUGACUCCAGAACAAUACAAAAAUUCUGAAAUCUCCUGUGCAGUCCAACAUGCCAACAUCAACCAUAUAAUCUCACCGUUAAUAGUAUCAACAAGCAAAACUAAGUUCACACUGACUCUGAAGCCACCAGUGCAGAGAGAAAUAUUCGUCAACAAUAAAAUUAUAUUGGAGGCUGUUGUUUCUGGAAGUGUAAUCAAAGCAGUAGAAGAUGCUUCGGUGUCAUGCCUAGUGGAUAAUCAACAAAUCAGUGGGAUACCAGGAAAUACAAAAUUUUUAAAGGAAAUUUCUCAGCAUAAUAGAAUCUACAGUGUCACAGUUGAUCACAAGAAAUGGUUUGAGGGUAAAAAGGUCAUCUGUUCCACCCGUGACACAAAUGGAAAAGAAAUCAGGGAGGAGAUCCAAUUUAACAAAGGAGAUGGAAAGAAGCCCAAUGUUGUUAUUUACAGACCUGACAAUGAUAAACCUGGUCACGUCUCUCUGGUGUGUGAGGUUGCCAGUGCUCAACUUGGUGAUGUUUAUAUCAUGUGGAUAGUGGGGGCUGAAAAGAAAUACAUAGAGGCCCCUACCAGUGGUCCAAUCCGUCAAGAGACCUUCACAUCUGUCCUCAGCUUUUUAACAGUGACUCCAGAACAAUACAAAAAUUCUGAAAUCUCCUGUGCAGUCCAACAUGCCAACAUCAACCAUACAAUCUCACCAUUAAUAGUAUCAACAAGCAAAACUAUGUUCACACUGACUCUGAAGCCACCAGUGCAGAGAGAAAUAUUCGUCAACAAUAAAAUUAUAUUGGAGGCUGUUGUUUCUGGAAGUGUAAUCAAAGCAGUAGAAGAUGCUUCAGUGUCGUGCCUAGUGGAUAAUCAACAAAUCAGUGGGAUACCAGGAAAUACAAAAUUUUUAAAGGAAAUUUCUCAGCAUAAUAGAAUCUACAGUGUCACAGUUGAUCACAAGAAAUGGUUUGAGGGUAAAAAGGUCAUCUGUUCCACCCGUGACACGAAUGGAAAAGAAAUCAGGGAGGAGAUCCAAUUUAACAAAGGAGAUGGAAAGAAGCCCAAUGUUGUUAUUUACAGACCUGACAAUGAUAAACCUGGUCACGUCUCUCUGGUGUGUGAGGUUGCCAGUGCUCAACUUGGUGAUGUUUAUAUCAUGUGGAUAGUGGGGGCUGAAAAGAAAUACAUAGAGGCCCCUACCAGUGGUCCAAUCCAUCAAGAGACCUUCACAUCUGUCCUCAGCUUUUUAACAGUGACUCCAGAACAAUACAAAAAUUCUGAAAUCUCCUGUGCAGUCCAACAUGCCAACAUCAACCAUACAAUCUCACCAUUAAUAGUAUCAACAAGCAAAUCUAUGUUCACACUGACUCUGAAGCCACCAGUGCAGAGAGAAAUAUUCGUCAACAAUAAAAUUAUAUUGGAGGCUGUUGUUUCUGGAAGUGUAAUCAAAGCAGUAGAAGAUGCUUCAGUGUCGUGCCUAGUGGAUAAUCAACAAAUCAGUGGGAUACCAGGAAAUACAAAAUUUUUAAAGGAAAUUUCUCAGCAUAAUAGAAUCUACAGUGUCACAGUUGAUCACAAGAAAUGGUUUGAGGGUAAAAAGGUCAUCUGUUCCACCCGUGACACGAAUGGAAAAGAAAUCAGGGAGGAGAUCCAAUUUAACAAAGGAGAUGGAAAGAAGCCCAAUGUUGUUAUUUACAGACCUGACAAUGAUAAACCUGGUCACGUCUCUCUGGUGUGUGAGGUUGCCAGUGCUCAACUUGGUGAUGUUUAUAUCAUGUGGAUAGUGGGGGCUGAAAAGAAAUACAUAGAGGCCCCUACCAGUGGUCCAAUCCAUCAAGAGACCUUCACAUCUGUCCUCAGCUUUUUAACAGUGACUCCAGAACAAUACAAAAAUUCUGAAAUCUCCUGUGCAGUCCAACAUGCCAACAUCAACCAUACAAUCUCACCAUUAAUAGUAUCAACAAGCAAAACUAACAUAACACUGACUCUGAAGCCACCAGUGCAGAGAGAAAUAUUAGUCAACAAUAAAAUUAUAUUGGAGGCUGUUGUUUCUGGAAGUGUAAUCAAAGAAGUAGAAGAUGCUUCAGUGUCGUGCCUAGUGGAUAAUCAACAAAUCAGUGGGAUACCAGGAAAUACACAUUUUUUAAAGGAAAUUUCUCAGUAUAAUAGAAUCUACAAUUUCACAGUUGAUCACAAGAAAUGGUUUGAGGGUAAAAAGGUCAUCUGUUCCACCCGUGACACGAAUGGAAAAGAAAUCAGGAAGGAGAUCCAGUUUAAUAAAGGAGAUGGAAAGAAGCCCAAUGUUGUUAUUUACAGACCUGACAAUGAUAAACCUGGUCACGUCUCUCUGGUGUGUGAGGUUACGAGCACACAACUUGGUGAUGUUUAUAUCAUGUGGACAGUGGGCGCUGAAAAACAAUACAUAGAGGCCCCUACCAGUGGUCCAAUCCGUCAAGAGACCUUCACAUCUGUCCUCAGCUUUUUAACAGUGACUCCAGAACAAUACAAAAAUUCUGAAAUCUCCUGUGCAGUCCAACAUGCCAACAUCAACAAUACAAUCUCACCAUUAAUAGUAUCAACAAGCAAAAGUGAGCCACCAGAGCCAGAGACAGGCUUUGCUUUGCUCUGCAAUAAAAAUGUUUUGGAGGAGGAUGAGUUCAGAAGUCUCUGGUACACUGCCACAUCAUUCAUCUUUCUGUUCUUCUUUACUCUGACCUACAGCGCUCUGCUAAGCUUCUUCAAGAAAAAGAGAAAGACACAGGGCUUUGACAAGGAUGUGACCAUUUUUGACUCAAAGAGCCAGGAAAGUGGAUCAACACUUGAGCCCUGUAAUCUUUCUUCAGAGGUAGUUUCUGCAGAGGACGAGUAUCUACAUGCCAUUUCCAACACUAUUUCCGUGAUUGACCCUCAACGUGGCACAGAUGAAAUGGAGGAAGCCAGAGAGGCGUGUUAUAGAUUUGGUAACCCUAAGGGAUCAGUCACUGUGAUGAAUACUUCGACUACUGGGGAAAAGGAACCCAAGUCACAGUUUCCUCAGUUAUUUAUAUGGAGCAUGUUUUUCGGUCAGUUUUUUCCGAAUUGUCAAAUUUUGUGGGUUAGGAUGAUGAAAGGGAUUUGUCACGUUGAACCUAGUAGCUACUUUAUGUACAAUAUCCUUGAGUAUAGCUGUCAAUGUGACAAUGCUUUCGACUACUGGGGGAAAGGAACAAUGGUCACUGUAUCAUCAGCUCAAACAACUGCGCCGCAUUCACUCUUAGCCAUGUCUCAGUGUGGUUCUGAUUCCGAUGGGUUCCUUACUGUCGGCUGCAUAGCAAAAGGUUUCUCCCCUGCUGACUCACUUACUUUCGAAUGGACGGAUCCCGAUGGGAAAAAGAUAAAUGAUUUCGUAAAGUAUCCAGCUACCGGACAAGAUGGAGCCUACGCCUCAAUCAGCCAUAUGCGCCUGAAAAAAAGCGAUUGGGAGGCUAAAAAAGGUUACACAUGUACAGCCGGAAAUUCUGCUAAAAAGCUAAAAGCUUCUCCGGCUCCACCAACCCCACCGCCAGAUCAGCGUGCAUCUGUGUACUUAACAGCUCCUACAAAAAUGGAGCUUGACAAUGGAACAGCUACCUUCAUCUGCUUUGCCAAGCAGUUUUCGCCUAAAACACACUUGUUUAAGUGGUUUCAGGAUGGUGAGGAGGUGAAAAACGGGGUAACUGACAAAUGUCUAGGUGAGAAGAAAAGCAACAUAACUGAAUAUAGUGCCACAAGCAUUUUUCAAAUCAGUGCCAACAAAUGGAAGAACCUAAACACCAAAAUUAUGUGUGUGUUCGAGCACAAGGCUGGGAAUGAAGUGAGAGAGGCUGAAUACACAGUCACCGACAUAGAGGAUGUCAGAAUUAAUAUUGACAUAAUCCCGCCCUCCACUGAGGACAUGCUGAAAAACAAAGCUGGAAAUCUGAUGUGCAAAGUUACAGGAGAGGAGUUAGGGUUUACCAAAAUGGAAAUCAGAACGAAAGCAUCUGAAAACCCCAUCAAAGAACACACAGAGGAACAAAUCAAAAACAAUAAGACUCUGGAUCUUGUUGCUCGUAUAGGUUAUGAUGAGUGGAGCAUUGGCACAGAAUUUUGGUGCAUUGUGGAACACAAAAAAUUAGCAGUGCCUCAAGAAAAGAAGUACUCCAGAGAAAAUGGUGGAGAGCUCAAGAGACCCUCCGUUUACAUAUUAGCACCCCCAGAGCACAGAGAGGGGGAAACCAUGACCCUGACAUGUUAUGUGAAGGACUUCUAUCCUAAGGAGGUGUUUGUGUCUUGGCUUGCUAAUGAUGAACCUGUGGGUGGUGGGUACAAGCAAAACACUACCACCCCAAUGCAGAUCAAUAACCACUUUUCCAUCUACAGUCAGCUCACUUUUGAUUCUUCUAAUUGGAAAGAGGGUACAGUGUACAGUUGUGUAGUGUACCAUGAAAGCAUUGAUCAAACCUUGCGAGUUUUAACACGAUCUAUUGACAGUAAUACUGAUAAGUCCAGUAUAAUUAAUGUAAGUCUGGAUACUGCUGUACCAUGCAAGGCAUAGACUGUUUUACGUAUGUGGUGUCUCUGUGUUAUGCAUGUUAAGUGUUCAACUUUUAUAUUUUAUUUUUGUUUUGUGUAAUAUUUUUUUUUAAAGUGACAUGUCCAUAUUUCUAAUUGUGUUUGUCUUUAAUGUUUGUGGCCUUGUGCUUUUUAAACAUUGUCAUGCACAUCACAUUGAAGAAAAAAAAUCUAAUAAAAAAAAACUAAGCAUA